CAUGGUACGUUGCUGUUGUUAGUUUCAAAGUUCACCUAUGAACGUCUUUUUUCUCAGCACACAUGGAUCAUGAGACAAUGAAAAAAGAAUUUCAGGGAAUAUAAGCUCCUCAGAUCUGACUCUUUCCCAGCUCCUCAUUCUCCACCAGCGUAGGAGGGCAGCCCACCAAGCUACCAGGGAGUCUCGCUCUUCCUGAGCAGCAAACUGGAGGCCAAAGCCGUGUCCUUGGAUCAGAGGUUUGUGGCUACAAGCAUAGACAAUGGCAGGCAGCAACGAGAUGACAAUCAACCUCGUCGUCCUUGGAAGGACUCAGACUGGCAAAAGCGCUGCUGGGAACAGCCUGCUAGGCAGUGAUGACUUCGAAAGCCGGCUCUCCCCCAGCUCCGUGACUACAUGUUGCAGCCUGGGCCACAGCUGCCACAUUUCGGGGAUCACACGGCGCAAUGGCUGCGAGCUCGCCCUCCGUGUGCGGGUGCUUGACACUCCAGGCUUCCCCCACAGCAGCCUGAGCAAGGAGCGGGUGAGAGAGGCGGUGCGAUCAGCCCUGGCUCAGCACUUCAGGGAGGAAGGCCUGCAUCUAGCCCUUCUGGUCCUGCGGGCUGACCUGCCUCUGUGUCCCGAUGAGAACGAACACACCGUUCAGUUCAUCCAGGAACUUCUGGGUCCCACAUGGAAGGAUUUCACUGCGGUUUUACUUACUCAUGCAGACAAGGCCAAAGAAGCUGGAUUCAGUGAGGAAGCGUAUUUGCACAGUGUCUCAAGUACCCUGUUGUCCCUGUUGAGCUCAGUGCAGCAUAAAUAUGUCUUUCUAGACAACCAGAAGAGCAAAAUUAAAGAGGAAAGAGCUAUUGUCUUACAAAAGCUCUUGAAUUUUAUAAGACAGAAUAAAUAUCAAGUGCUUCUAUUUAAACAUAACAAAGAAUAAAAUUAGCUUUCAGGUACUCGUGUCUAUUUUCUAUAGUUUACAACAUUUAAUGGAAAUAAAACAGUAGAAAAGCCA